GACACAGCCGAGUGGAGAAGUGAGUUCGCAGGGUCUUGGCCUCUGCUGGCCCAGAGCUGCACGCCGCUCCCAGGCCGAGGACAGCAGAAGGACGUGGAAUCAAGGACUCCACAACUCACGAAACCAGCUCCAGAGAGGCCUCAGCUCUGUGCACUCGAAAGCGGGUCGCAGCUAGGGAGUGCGAUUGCGCAGUACUGCUUCCGGCUUGGCGGACUGCGCUUGCGCAUCGCUGCCUUUUCCACCUUCUCCAGCUGCAGCAAGGGCUCAAGGGUGCAGUCAUCAAUUUAAAAAGAAAAUCGGGCCUCUCCUACACCUUAUAUGGUCCUUGGUGCUGCUUCUUGGGAACAAGUGAAAUCUACUGUGUUAGUUCUUCAUGCAAAUACUUCUGUCCUUACCAAUGGACCUGAUUGGUUUUGGUUAUGCAGCCCUUGUGACAAUUGGAAGUGUUUUGGGAUACAAGCGAAGAGGUGGAGUUCCAUCUCUGAUUGCUGGGCUUUCUGUUGGACUUUUGGCUGGCUAUGGAGCCUACCGCGUCUCCAAUGACAAACGGGAUGUCAAAGUGUCAUUGUUUACAGCUUUCUUCCUGGCCACCAUAAUGGGUGUGAGAUUUAAGAGGUCCAAGAAAGUAAUGCCUGCUGGUCUAGUGGCAGGCUUAAGGUAAGAGCCCUUCUGAGCUAUGCUUCCCUGUGCCAGCGUUUCCGAGUGGUGACAGUGUAUGGCAGUGCCACCCUGAAGAUGACCAGUCUUGCCAGAGCUCUGGCAAUUUUUGUGAAGAAGUAAUUUCCAUGUGCCUGGAGACAAGGCUCACUUACUACUCUUGCAGACGACCAGGCUUGGCUGGGGCCAUCUGUAACUCCAGUUCCAAGGGAUCCAAUGCUCUCUUUUGGCCUCCAUGUGCACUAGGGGCAUACAUAUCAAGCACACAGGCAAAACAUUAUUACACGAAUAAAAAUAACUAAAUGUUUUUUUUAAAGGAAUUAAUUUUCUUGUCAGAGAAGUGACUCAGCAGUCACAAAAGUACUUGCCACUUUCCCAUAGGAACUGGGUUUGGUUCCCUGAACCCACAUCAGGUGGCUCAUAACCACCUACACUUUCAGGUCCGGGGAGCUGACAAUGUCUUCUGAACUCUGCUGGCACCCACACUUGUACACACACACAUAUAUACACACACACAUACAUACACACACACAUAC